GAAAGAGGUCGGUGGUUGUUCAACAGUUGUCCGUCAACAAGCCGGAAGAGCCAGCGGCUGCGAGCAGAUACUCACAUCUUCCAUGAUGCAGGUCCGUUAUGUGAGUCCGUCGACGCUGAUCUUUAUCUCGGCCACAAACGCGCCGCUUCUGCGUCGAGCGUCGAUGCUGUCAACAUUUCCAACGCUGCUCUUCAAUACGGAACCAGGCUGGGCUGACGAUUUAUUUCCUCUUUUGCCUCGGAGUGCGAGCGAGCGAGCGAGAGAGAGAGAGAGAAAAGUUCGAUGAUAAAAGUUUGGUUUCCGGUGCAGCUCUUGAAUAGAGUCGAGGAGGAGCCUGAUCCGGACACGGACCGAGAUGCGGAGCCUGUGAGGCGGCAGUGACUGGGCAUCGCCACACUUGGAAGAGUGGGAAGGUUUGGAGUCUUGAAUCGGUGGACGAACACAUAGAUGGACACAGUGUAGAUGGGCGGGUUGGGUGUGUUUGUUAACUGGUGUGGAAUGAUAACAAUGGAUGGCUGAAUUCUCAAACGGGCCGUCUGUGGUUUAUGGAUGGAUGAAUACAGUCGCAAUGGAUGAGAGGAUCUUCACAAAAAAACAUUUUUUUUAAAACAAGUUAUAUUCAAACUGAAAGUGUGUUGAACAUAUUAUUCACUUUCAAAUGCGGGACGCAAUAUAUAUAUACCAGAAAAAAAGUGUAACAAUUUCCCUAUUACUGAGGACACUUGUCACUCAACAAGAUCAUAAAUACAUUUAAAGCAGAUUUUCAACCGAAUUAUCAAGGACAGCGGAUAUUUCACACGCGGAACUAUAGUUUGUUCUCACGUUGCUACACGGAUCCAAUGAAAGUGACGGACAGGUGAAGAUGUUUAUUUUCCUCAGUGGUGAUCGUGUCAUUUCAUACGACCAGUUUUAAAGUUACAUUUGAGGAAUAAAUCGCUAUGAAGGUGGACUGUAAUGAAAACUGGAGUGAUGGCGGAAGCUGCUGAGGAGGAGGCGGCGGUGUUGUCGGCCAUCUACUGUGGGGCAGGAGAGUUCCAGCUGCUUCCGCUGCCCGCCCAGGAAGGGCUGAUGGUCCAGAUCCAGAGCGCAGUGGGAGGAGAGACCGGGCCCAUCCUGACCACAUCCUUCCAUUUGCACCCUCUCUACCCCACUGAACCCCCCAGGAUUUCAGUGUCUUCCCCUUCUCUAUCCAGAGGUCAAUGUCUGGCCAUCAGACAAAAGCUGGUGGAGCAGGCCCGGGUGCUGGUACCGGAGCCCAUGGUCCACCAGCUGGUGCAGUACCUGCAAUGUGUAGACCUCAGUGAGGUCCUCAGAAGGAACGAGGAGGGAGAAGUCGGGCCGUCCCGGAGUGCUGAAGAGGAGCAGAGGUGGGCCGCAGUCCUGAUGUUGGACCACAUCCGCUCACUGAAGCGUUACGUGAGGCUGCUGGAGCGCUGGACGCAGCAGCUGCAGCUGACCGUGCGGCUCCUGCAGGGCCCCAGAAUUCUGCUGCUGUUGCUGGGCUCCAGGACCUCGGUGAAGGAGUUCCAGCACCUCCUGAAGACCUCCAAGGUGGACGUGGAUUCAGCUGGCAAGAAGUGUAAAGAGAGAAUGAUGACGGUCCUGAUCGAGAGACGGUGCAGCUGGACGCAUGGGUCAAGUCCCUCCAGCUUUGAGGAGAGACGCUACCAAAGUAAAGCGCAGGCGUCGCAGAUCUUCCAGGAACUGCAGCUGGAUCAAGUGUACCAACAGAUUGAGGACGUCCUCUGUGACUGAGCCUGGACAUCGUCAUAUGUCACAUGACUCCUUCAUGUCACAGAAGCAGUGCGUUUGAGUGACAGAAUUAAUAUAUUUUUACAUGUAUACAUGGAAUUUUUGUGUUUACAAUAUGCCCAUUUCUGUGCCAUUUUAGUAAACAACUUAAACAAGAAUAGUCUGGUCUGAUUCUGCUUUUGCUU